AUGGAUGUGGCUGAGAGCCCUGAAAGGGACCCUCACUCUCCAGAGUUCGAAGAGGAGCAGCAGCAAGGGCUCUCGGACGAUGACAUUCUGAGAGAACGUGGGUCUGAUCAGGAUUUGGACAAAGCUGCAGGGAGGGCUUCUGAUUUGGAGAAUGAGGAAAAUGCUGUCCUGGGACUGAGCCAGGAGGAAGAGGAAAGUUGCUCUGAUGAAGAGGAUCAGGACCAGGACUCUGAGCCUCAGGAGCUGAACAGGGGCCCUACAAGCCCCCCUCAUGCAGAGGAAGGGGAUGGGGGGGAGGAAGACCACACAAGUGAUCUGAGGGAGGAGGCCUCCUCGGUCACCAGGGAACUGGACGAGCCUGAGUUAGACUAUGAUGAGGAGGUCCCCGAAGAGCCAGCCCCCACUGGGCAGGAGGACGAAGCAGAGAAGGCUGGGGCAGAGGAGGGUGAGGAAAAGGGAGAAGGAGCUCCCGAGGAGGAGGGAAAGGCCGAUGUCCACAGUGUGGAAGAAAAGGAGCCCCUGGAGGCAGCCAAGGAGACAAAAAAAGAGGAUGACGACGGAGAGAUUGAUGAUGGGGAGAUGGAUGAUGAUGAUCUGGAAGAGGGCGAAGUAAAGGACCCCAGUGACAGGAAGGUGAGGCCUCGUCCCACCUGCCGAUUCUUCAUGAAAGAUGUUGUGACACCAUUAUCCACUCUUCUGCCGCCAAUAUCAAAUUCCAUACCAUUCAGAGACCAGGUGAAAGGGAACUGUACCUGGGGAAUGAAUUGUAGGUUUAUACACCCUGGAGUCAACGACAAGGGCAACUACUCCCUCAUCACCAAAGCCGAACCUUUCCGGCCUAAAGGUGCCCCACCUCUCGGGCCUCACCCACCGAUGCCCGCCAACCCUUGGGGUGGGCCCGUAGUUGAUGAAAUUUUGCCUCCACCCCCUGCAAAACCCCCCACAGAGAGUGCCUGGGAACGAGGACUUCGGCGUGCCAAGGAGGUUUUAAAGAAAGCAACCAUUCGAAAAGAACGGGAGCCUGAUUUUGAAGAGAAAAGGUUUACUGUGACCAUUGGUGAGGAUGAACGGGAGUUUGACAAAGAAAAUGCAGUUUUCCGAGAUUGGAAUUAUCAGGUUACAAGAGAUGUCAGAGACACAACACCUGAGCCUUAUGCAGAUCCUUAUUAUGAUUAUGAAAUAGACCGGUCCUGGCGUGGCGGGCAGUAUGAGAAUUUCAGGGUGCAAUAUACAGAAACAGAACUGUACCAGAAUUACCGGGAACGGCAAAGGGAGAGAGAGCGAGAGAACAGACAGCGGGAGCGAGACCUUGCGCGCGACAAGGAGCGGCGGCGGAGGAGAGAGGAGCGAGAGCCAGCCAAACGGGACGAGAAGGACAGACGGCACAGAGACCAGGACAGAGAGAAAGAGCGGGAGAAGGAAAAGGAGAUGCCAAAGCCCCGCUCCCCACAGCCACCAAGCCCACACGCUGAGCCACCCAAGAAGGAGACCGUCUCUGCUGGGUCACAGGGGAAGCGAGCAGAGGAGUGGAAAGACCCUUGGCGCCGGUCCAAGUCUCCCAAGAAGAAACUUGGUGCAUCGGCCUCCCCUAGCCAUGCACAAAGGCGUCAAAAAACGUCAGCCUCAUCGGCCUCUGCCUCCCAUGCCUCCAGGUCGUCCUCACGGUCCUCCUCCUCCUCCGGCUCUGGUUCGUCCAGGUCUCGGUCCCGGUCCUCAUCCUACAGCUCCUGCUCUAGCCGGUCUUCCGGACACAGCUCCUUCUCCGGCAGCCGGUCCAGGUCCCGGUCCUUUUCCUCCUCCCCGUCCCCCUCUCCAACGCCUUCUCCGCACAGACCUGCUGUCAGAGCCAAGGGGGAGCCAGCUCUGCCUCCUGGGAAGGCAGGAGAGAAGAUGGUGAAGAAACCAGCCCCACCACAGGCCCCCAAGACCACUGCCGCCACCCCUGCGCCUGCCCAGCCGGGAGGCCCCCGGGAAGCCAAGAGGAAGGAGCACCCAGCCAGGACCCCUGCCAGGAGGCGGACCAGCAGGGGCAGUGGCAGUGGCAGCGGCUCCAGCGGCUCUCCUUCCAGACCCAGGUCCUUGGGCGUGAGCAGCGUCUCCUCCGUGUCCAGCGCCACGUCCAGCAGCAGCAGCAGCUCGGUGCACAGCGUGGGCUCGGACGACAUGUACGCAGACCUGGCCAGCCCUGUGUCCCCGGCCAGCUCCCGGCCCCCCACCCCAGCCCAGACCAAGAAGGAGAAAGCAGGAAAAUCUAAAAGAGAAGAUGGCAUGAAAGAGGAUCAGCGGGAAAGGGAUGCAUCCACACGGCCACCCAAAUCCUCCAAAUCGUCCACGGGCAGGAAAUCCUCCCAGCGGCCCACAGCUCCCCAGCGGGCACCCUCUGGGCAGCCCCCGCAGGGCGCAUGGGUGGCACACAAGGAGAUCAAGCUGACGCUGCUGAACGAGGCCGCUGAGAAAGGGAGCAGGAAGCCAUCUGAGCCCUCAGACAAGGACAGGCUAAGCCCUCCUCCAGCCAAGCGGGCCCACGUCUCCCCAGACCAAGGUUCUCGGGACCAGACAUCAGGGGGGAGAUGGGGUUCUCCCAGGCCAGGACCGCAGAGAGGCCAGAAUGCCAAGGCUCCCGUGGCCCUGCCAGGCAGGAAGCGUCCACUGUUCCCCCAGUCCAAGAGCUGCAGCAAGGUCACCAGUGUGCCUGGGAAAGCCUCAGACGCCUCCAGGGGCACCAAGUCAGGGAAGGCCAGCACGCUGUCCAGGCGGGAGGAGCUCCUAAGACAGCUCAAAGCCGUGGAGGACGCCAUCGCUCGCAAGCGGGCCAAGAUUCCCAGGAAAAUGUAA